GUAUUCAUCCUAAAUGAUUCUAGAAAGUUUGUUCUGAUUCAAUGUAGUGUUCUGUUCCCUGCCUUUUCCUUAUUCAUCCUAAGAUUUCAUGAAGCCUAUAAUUGCAAUUAUUCUCCAUAUUAUCUAACCAUUUUUCGCUUUAUGUUCUUACUGUCACAAAUGUUCCUACUGUCAAAGAUAAACGACAUUUGGGACUAAAGCUUGGAAUAGCGAGCACUGUGUUCAUCCUCUACCAACGGCAGAAGAAAGCUCUCAAAUAUGCUCGCUCAUACUCAUUUUCACAAGGCAACUCCUUACCUCCACAGACUGAUUCUGAGAUGGGAGUCUUCCCUGGAGUUCAUCAUUUUAGCUACAAUGAACUUGAAAGGGCCACCAAUAAAUUUGAUUCUACAAGUGAGCUUGGUGAUGGAGGCUUAGGCACUGUAUAUUAUGACCAGGCAAACUACAAGAUGGGCGCCUUGUUGCAGUCAAACGCUUAUAUGAAAACAAUACAAAAGAGUUGAGCAAUUCUGGAAUGAAAUUGGGAUCCUAGGACAGUUGCGUCACCCAAAUCUUGUCCCACUUUAUGGCUACACUUCUCGCCACAGCUAUGAACUCUUGCUUGUAUACAAAUGCAUUUGUAAUCGCACUAUUGCUAACCAUCUUCAUGGUGAAGGUGCCAAAACUGGUUCACUUUCAUGGUCCAUUCUUUUGAAGAUUUCCAUAGAGACUGCAAAUGCAUUGAUAUACCUCCAUGCUUCUAAUAUUAUCCACCGUGAUGUGAAAACCGACAACAUUCGUUGACGAGAACUUUUGUGUUAGAGUUGCAGAUUUUGGACUUUCUAGUCUCUUUCCAUUAAAUGCUACCCAAGUUUCUACUGCUCCAAAGGGGACUCCUAGUUAUGUUGGUCCUGAAUAUCGUGAAUGCUACUAGCUUACAGACAAGAGUGAUGUCUUUAGCUUUGGGGUUGUCUUGAUUGGGCUAAUAUCAUCCAAGCUAGCGGUUGACAUCACCAGGCACCGCCAUGAGAUAAACUUGUCUAACAUGGCCAUCAACAAGAUUCAAAACCAAGCAUUGCACGAGCUUGUAGAUCCAUCUCUUGGGUUUGAAUCAGACUACAACAUAAGAACAAUGAUAACUUUAGUGACAGCAGUGGCAUUUCAGUGCCUUCAAGGUGGGAAGGACGUGAGACCAAUGAUGAGAGAGGUCCAUGAGGCUUUAAAGGAAGUACAGAGUGGAAACUACAAUAAAGUGAAGGUAGGUGAUCAGAUGCACGUUUUAGCAAUUGAGGAUGUGUUGUUGAAGAGUGGACCUCAGACUCUCUCCUCGGAUUUUGUUACUGCAAAAUGGGUUAGUAACUCUUCAACAUCUAAUGCCAGUAUUUGAGUUUUUUCAGCUUCUUAUUUUGCUAGAAUUUGAAGGCAUAUAAUGAAUAGUGUGUACAACUUGUAACAUCCACCAUAUAUUCAACAAAAGAUGGUGUCUGUAAAUUUCAUCCCAGACUAGACCUUAUAAUCCAAAUUGGAAUGUACACGGUUUAGGAGAUACCAAGCUCUACCUGGUAUAUAAAGCUCAUUUACCUGA